UUUGUUGACUGAGUGAUUGACAAAACGAGUGAGUUUGGUUCGACCAACCAACAGAGAUUAACUAGUUUAUGUUUAUGCGUGUAUGGCUCUACUGACAGCUAAAAGUAGAAAAAUAUGUUUUUACUGUGACGGAAGUGGUUGUUAGAAGGCAAUGCAUAUCCACAUAAGAUUGCGUUGUUACCUGGUCAAAUUUCCACGCUUUGCACAUGUUUGCAGGAACUGACCCUUCGCUAAGCCCCUCCCUAGAACGGCCAUUGUCCAAUCCUAGGUGAGCAACCGUAACUCGACGCGAGAGGUCUGGCAAACUUUUUUCAGCCGAAAUCGUGUACUUAAGGAACCUGAAACUCCGACAGUAGGUUUUUGCGUUUCCAAAGCCAAAAACACAAGAGGAGAGAUGCAGGAUGUGGAUUAAACAGUGUGGGAGACCUCAUUCACAGCUAAAUCCUUCCAAAAUCACUAAGAACACCUUCGUCUGCUCUAAGAACCAGAUGUGAUGUUCAAGAUUCUGCACAAGCCUGCACCUCAAACACCAUUGAGGGAAACGCAUCAGAACAAAGGGAAACUCAACAGUGUGUUAUGGAUACUGACAAUGUUAAGUGUUUUACCAAGUAUUCAUUUUUUUUAUGCCUUGUUCAAAUUAAUGCUGGCAUUUGUUAAUGAAGUAGUCAAAUAAAAAACAGUAUAGCUUGUUUUUCAUAUCCUCCCACUUUACUGCAUCAAAAGCCGCGUUUCCACCGCAGGAACUAGGGUCUAUUUUAUUUUACCCCCCAAAAGGUUCCUGCUCGGGGGGUAGUACUUUCCAAAAGUACAGGAACCUUUGGGGUGGGGCGCAAGCACUGAAAAUUUCUGAUUGGUCGACUACUUGCAGUGUUAUUUUUUUUACUUUCAGCCGCCAUGUUUAAAAAUCUCCAGCCGCAAAACGAUUUAUUUUCAUAAUAACUUAAAAUCAAACUUGUAUGUUAUGCGGCGCAGUAGCCUAGUUUUGGUUAUAGCCUGCCAACGUCUUGGAAUUAUAACGUGUGCUCUUCUGUUCUUUUCUUGCUUUAGUAUUCGUUUUAUAAAAUGCUAAGCAUUCGUGCUGGGACAGCAUAUUACGUACCAAAACAUUCAAACGGAUUAAUUCGGUUGCUGAAUAUUUUCUUCCGGAUUUUCUUUGUUAGCCCGUUGUAAUUGACUCAAAACGUUUGAUACAGUUAUGUGAGCUAUGCGGUAGUUCUGCGUAAUUCAUUUCCACAAAAAGACCAAGAAGACUAUGGACUAAUAAUUUAUGGUGCAUGGUUCGCAUCUGGAGGGCACACUUCGCUGCUCGGCUAGCAGUAACUUCGAAGGAAAGCAAACGGUAGCUGUACCACUGCUAAUUUAAAUUUUCACGCAAGUCCGAGUUUUCGUUCUAUUCUUGUCAUUUUGCGAUUAGCCUAUAUGGAAUUGACGAUGAGAAAAUAAUCAAACAGCAAAUUGUUUACAAUGUGUGCAUGUUUUCUGCUGUUGUGCCAGUUAUAUUGGAAAUGUGAAUGCAUUCUGUCGCCUCGGAUGUCAAGACAUGAAAGUGAAUGUUAGCAUAAAAACAUAAUGAAUGUGUUUGAGAGAAUAUAUAAAACAGUUACAAUCUGACUAUUGGCCUGUUAUAUCCUAUUUGUUGCAUAACAACGGUCCAAGUUCAACUACCAACGACAGUUUUGCUUGACAACGGUAAAAUAUGCCCGAACGGCUGCAGAAGAAUAUUUCAAUUCCAGCCGCUGUUCCCUUCAUGGAGGAGUGCAAGCCGUCCUCUCUGUCCCUGCCCCCUAUUAGAAGAGUGGUGGACUCCACCAAGUUGACUGACUCCAUCAGCCAAUCAGAAUCCUUGCCUGGCUCUAUGGAAUGUUUAAGCUCUGCCUCUUCAGGUGGAUGCGUGAAGGCUGAACCUGUGAUUGACGGCACAGAUUACACAGGGGUGGAGCCAAAAGUAAGACUGAACAGAAGUGACGACACAGAAGAGGGGACAGAGUGGAAGACUGCGUGUGGGAUGACCAAGGAGGAAAAAGACAGACUAUCCAGCAUGAAGGAGGAGGAAGAGGAGGAGGAGGAAGGUGGGGAGAGGCAGAGUGUGAAAAUGGAGAGAGAUGAUGGUGUGAAAUACAGUGAGGGACUUGAGAGAGAGCAGGAAAAAGUGAAGGAUGAACAGCAGACGAACGGUGUAACUGAGCAAACCUGUCAAACUCACAGAUGUGAGAAGAAGGGAGGAAAAUCAGAAUAUGGUCAACAGGAAGAGGCGGGGCUCUCCACUCUGGUCACUGCCUGCCUGCUGGAACAGCCAAGAGUGCUGAUUUGCCGACUUAAAAUCGCAGAUAUUUCGGUUUCUGUGUCACCACCUCCUCCUCAUCCCAUGGCCAGUAAAGAAGACUGGGGAGUGAAAGUUCCACACACACUGGAGGGAAAUUGUUCACUGAGGCGGAAGGGCCAGGUCAUGACCCGGAAGAGAAAGAUGAUUGGCCAGUUGGAGAUACCUCAGAAACAACUGCCAGCUCCAUCAGAGAAUAGGUUAUGCGUUGAAGCUUCCCAUAAACCUCUCGUCAUCUCCCCCAGGAACCAAAACACAGGACGGACUUUUGAGGCAUCGUCUCAGGUCUUUGCCUGCUCCCAGUGCCCAUUUUUCCACAGCGAACAGCUGAAUCUUCACCAACACAUUGAGAAGGUUCAUCCAGAGGAGCUCAGAUGGACUCUGAAGGUGUCUGAAGGAAGUGGAGGCGAGAAGCUUUCCAAAAGCAGAACACAUCAGCACCCCAAACCCACUAAGACAGUCCCCACCCCAACACAGGCCCACCCGGGCACUUCAGGGGCCCACACAUGCCCCCAGUGUGGGAAGAGCUUCAAAUUCAAGUCAAUGCUGACAAAACACCAGCGAGCUCACUCAAGAGAGCGUCCAUACCACUGCUCCCAGUGCGGGAAGAGCUUCAAGUACUCAGCUUGUCUGAAAGCACACCAGAAAACUCACACGGGGGACUCCCCGUACCAGUGCACCCAGUGUGGAAAAACCCUCAUAUCAAAAUCAGGAUUGAAAAACCACCAGCAAAUUCACACAGGGGAACGGCAGUACCACUGCUCCCAGUGUGGGCUGAGUUUCACCCAAUUGUCAAAUCUGAACAAACACCAGCGAAUCCAUACAGGGGAGCGUCCACACCACUGCUCCCAGUGUGGGAAGAAUUUCAGGGAAUUUGCAGACCUGAUCAGGCACCAACGAGUCCACACAAGAGAGCGUCCAUUCCACUGCUCCCAGUGUGGGAAGAGCUUCAGGUGCUCACGUUAUCUGAAAGCACACCAGAAAUGUCACACGGGGGAAUCCCCAUACCAGUGCACCCAGUGUGGAAAAACCUUCAUAUUAAAAUCAGGAUUGAAAAUCCACCAGCGAAGCCAUACAGACGAUCGGCCUUACCACUGCUCCCAGUGUGGAAAGAACUUCAAAUUAAAACCAUCAUUGAUGGUCCACCAGCGAACUCAUACAGGGGAACGCCCAUACCACUGCACCCAGUGUGGGAAGGGGUUCGGCACCUCGACACAGCUAGCCACACACCAGCGAAUACAUACAGGGGAGCGUCCAUACCACUGCUCCCAGUGUGGGAAGAGCUUCAUGUACUCAACGUGUUUGAAGGAACACCAGAAAACUCACACGGGUGAAUCCCCAUACCAGUGCACCCAGUGUGGAAAGAAUUUCAACCGCUCAGCACACCUGACUAGGCACCAGAGAAUCCACACAGGUGAACGUCCGUACAGCUGCUCCCAGUGUGGGGAGAGCUUCAGGUGGUCAAAUAUUCUGAAGGCACACCAGCAAGCUCAUACAAAGUAGCAUCCAUACCAGUGAUCCCAGUCUGUGAUGCAUUAUGGUCAGCUACGUGUUUUCAUACAUGCGUGUAAGAUGCGCUCCUGCAGGUGGCCUUGCCUCAGAACUGGAGUUGGUCCCUGGGCGCAGCACAAGAGAGGCAGCUGCCCACUGCUCCUAGGUAACUAAGGAAGGGUCAAAUGCAGAGGACAAAUUACCCCACGGGGUUCAGUAUAGUAUUUCUUCUAUUAACGAGACCAUACGGGUUCAUAUUCUGACACUAUGGCCCAGGAGAAGAGCCAUUCAGUUUAGUGCUGCCCUCAGUGUGGGAAACUAUUAAGCUUUUAUCAGGGAACACGCAUACAUCAUAGGGGGACUCACAAAGGGGAUCUUAUGGUGCUGUAAAGGAGUAUUUUCCCCCUUCCUGAUGUCCUCUUUUGUAAAGCGGUUUCGGUUUCAGAUCCUUAGGCAAAAUGUAAUAUUAGACCAAGGGAAACCUUAGUAAACACUACUCGUGAUUUCAUUUAUUAAGGGAUAUGUUAUGAAACACCCAUAUCACCAAUGUGAAAACUAAUUUACUCAAUCAGCCAGUUGAACUAAUGCAUUUGAUAAUUGCAUGCAACUGAUUGAACACAGCUAGGCUUGAUUGUAGCCAGCCUUGAUCAAUCUAAACCUCACUCAUAUUGAACAUUACCAUCACAAUAAAGUAGUCCCCGCAAAGUUACUACAAACACACUAUGCCACGAUCAAAAGAAAUUCCCUGAGAAGAGAUGAGGGGAAAAAAAGUUGUUGAAGUAUAUCAGUCUGGUUACAAAACCGUAUCUAAGGCUCUGGGACUCCACUGAUCCACAUUAAGAGCCGUUAUCUGCAAAUGGACAACACUUGGAACGGUGGUGAAUUUUCCCAGGAGUCGCUGGCCUGCCAAAAAUUUCUCAAGGGCCCCAGUGACCGCUCAUCCAGAUGGUCACAAAAGAUCCCAGACGAACAUACAAAGAAUUGCAGUUCUUUCUGGCCUCAGAUAAGGUCGCCGUUUAUGACAAUAAGAAAGAGACUGGGCAAAAAUGGGAUACAUGAGAGCGAAGGGUGGAAACCACCGCUAGCAAAGAGAAGCUUCAGUGCUCAGCUCACAAUGGAAAAAAGCACCUGGAUGAUCCCCCAACUUUCUGGGAUAAUGUUCUAUGGACGAAUAUGUAAAAAUUGGAACUUUUUGGACGACACAGACGUGGCGUAAAGCAAAUACAGGAUUUUGCACGACAAACAUACCAACAGUCAAACGUGGUGUUGGUUGUGUGAUGGUGUGGGGAUGCUUUGCUGCCUCGAGAACUGGACAACUUGCCGUUAUUGAAGGAACCGUGAUUUCUGCUCUGUGCCAGAAAAUUUGUAAAUAGAAUGUCCGGUCGUCUGUCCAUGAACUGAAGCUGAAGCAUAAUUGGGCUACGCAGCAAGACGGUGAUCCCAAACAUAAAAUGAAGUUCACAUCUGAAUGGCUGAAAAGAAACAAAAUAAAAGUUUUGGGAGUGGCCUACUCAGAGUCCUGAGUUGAACCCAGCAGAGCCUUCGGUGAUGGGACCUGAAGCGAGCAGUUCGCGUUCGAAAACCAACGGAUUUGUCUGAAUUAAAGCAGUUCUGCAAAGAAGAGUGGGCUAAAAUAACUUGACAGCGCUGUGAAAGACUGAUAUCAAAUUAAAGGAAGCGUUUGGUUGCAUUUUGUGCUGCUGGGGGUGGUGGUACAACCAGUUAUUAAGUUUAAGGGGGAAAUAACUUUUUCACAUGGGUGAUAUGGGUUUUUGAUUACUUUUUUCCUUAAAUAAAUGAAGCAAUUAAACAACA